GAACAUCGACAGCAGAUGUUCCGAUUGCGCUUGGUGAUCCUCCUUCCUCCGGACGAGUCCAAAUCCUCACGGGGACAAUACAGACCGCCACUUGAGGAAGGCAACAGAACCCAAACAGUGAGAAGCAUGGCGGAUGAUAUUCCUGUGUUUCCCAAAGCGGGCACCUUGCAAGUUCACAGUGGUAAUAUUGUUAAUUGGAACAGACUAAAGAGGAAGCCGAAUCAGACAUCGACGGAGGAGCUUAAGGAAUGCAUUGAAGCAGCCUUGAAUAAAUUUCUGUCUACGGCUGAUAAAACUGAACUACAGUACACCAACGAUCUGCUGUGUGUCAACUGCGAAUUGAAGGAACAGCUCGGCUAUGAAGAGAGAGAAGACCUCAAGAUCACUGGGAAGCUGUUUUUAUCGACUGAGCAGUCGCCGCAAGUUAUCAGAGAAACAGUUGAUAAGUUAUUCCGGGAGCUGCAGACGGUGACAUACUUGGAGACGUUGAUGUUGGCACUGCCGGAGCUGGAUGAGGAGAUUACAGUGGAGCAGAUCAAGCCCUACUGGGAGGUGAUGGAGGAACUGGUGGAAGCAGAGACAGUUCUCUCCCUUGGCAUAUGUGACCUUGACAAGGCACGACUGGAAGAAUUAUAUAACUGGGCCAAGGUGAAGCCAUGUGUGAACCAGGUGAAUCUGGCGUCAUGCUGUGUGAUGCCCGCUGAUCUGACAGAGUACGCGAAACAGAAUGAUAUCCAACUCCUCACACACAGCGACGAAACAGAGAUCAUGCCGGUGAAGACACUACAAGACUCCAUUAAGGUGUGCGCGACAGAGAAAGACAGCGAACAUUGGGAGCCUGCAUGGACACUGCGAUACUCUGUCCUUGUCAAGUGUCGAGGAAUCGUCAAAACAAAGGGCUACAUUUUCAAGGCAAACCGAAUCGUGAAGAAGAAAUCGCCAUAAGAUCUGUGUCAGCUAGGGACCUUAUUUAUGAUUUGUACUGGAUGUCUUAGUGAUUUAUGUGGGCUGAAACAAGAAUAAGAAAUAUAUAUUAAGCACACUUUGCUUUUCAUGUACAUGGAAAUUUUUAGUAACUAUAUUUGUCAUAUAAUCAUGAUAUAAGCAGGGUUAGAUACGACCACUCGUCCAUUAGUCAGAGACUUGGGUAAAACUAGAGGAACUAGUUGUAUUCUUACAAAAUCUAGUUUGUUUACAUAAUCCGCUCAGGUAGGCACUACUUUCAGUGUUCACAAUCAUAGCAUCGUCCUUGUCUAUUGGCAAUCGAGUCAGAAUUGACCAUCGUGGAUCUGGACAAACUCCCAGUUAUCAUCAUCAAUAAUAGUCUUAACAUGCCAAACAUCAGACCUUUCACAUGUUAAGGCAUUUUGAGAGAUACAAAUUACGAACCAGCUUAACAGGACAUCGGCAGGAUCAGUUUCCAAACCUGCACCUCUGCUAGUUGGGGUCUGUUGCUGAAAUUUAAACAGUUUCGUUUGGCAGAAACAUGUUCGCAAUAUUACCUUGUUUCAUUUUGCUGCUCUCUGGAUAUCUUACUGCAUUUCAUGACAUUAUGACCAACAGGGCAGAAACUUGAUGUCUCAUAGACUAGAGUAGCUUACCUUUGAUAAAGGGCAAGUACUCUUAACGGACGGACCAAUGGAUUGCCACAAAAUUAUUUGUAGACAACUGUCUCUUUUGGACAUACUGUAGUUAUGCCACUGCCAGUAAAGUUAGUUGUAACUAUAUUACCUCUUGUCACUGUCUCACUGACUAAUCACUGACCUUGUCAUGUCAUAUAUGAAUGCGCACAUUCCAGAAAACCUUGCUAUGUUCAGGUACCUAUGUGAGAGAUGAGUGGUUAUUCCUAAUCCAGGAUAUUUACAUCCAAAACACACUCGCAUUAUAACCCUAUGAGUUAAAUAAUAUUUGUGUAAUUUUCAUAAUGGCAAGUGAGGGAAUUUUCAUCUUUUAUGGGUCAGGAAAUAUUAGCAUGUACAUAGGGGGUUGCCAGAGAAGUGACAUGCAUUUGGGAGGGUAAUAGUUUUUUUUAUACAUUAAUAAUCACACUUAAUCUCAAGGAUCAAGGGAUCUCAAGGUCCAUGUGAGCUUAGGGCAUUGUGUGGCAUCUGUCUGUUGUCUCUAAACAUUGUUUCGAACUUGCUGAAGCUUGUGAGCCGGAAACAGUGAUAGGAUAUCUAGGACCAUAGGAGCUUUACAGAAAUAAAAUAUAGAUGUAGAUAUAUGUUUAAGAUUGACCAACUAAUCUUCUUAGAAAAUGUUUAAGAUCAUCUUCUCAGGAUAGAGAUUUAUCAAGGUUUUUAAACUAAGCGCUUUUGGAAGACAAAUUGAGAAAAGUUGUUCCUUUGUUCAAAAUUGGGAUUUUAAGAAAAAUAAUUUGUGUUUAUGUAUUGCAAUACAGACCAAAAUACAUUUCAUCUACACUGCGAUGUUAUCUUCAAUUAUUUUAAUCAUGUCGGACAUUAGUAUCAUUGUUCCUAUUAAGGAAGGAAAGGGCCAGGUAACAUUGAUACCUGAAGAUUUAAGGGUUUAAACAUUUUUUUCAUAUAAAAUGUAUCAUAUGUUAUCUUCGUUUCACUUCCUUAUUCUUUUGAAUCUGUCGCCUCAAAUGAGUACUAGACAUGGGAUGGUGGGAAGUCCCAUCAUGUCUUUUAAAACAUUCUCAGUUAGCAUGUGAUGUUGUAUAUCAACCCAAAUUAUUUUCUUGUUUAUUGAACUUAAACAUGGCAAAAUUAAAAUAAGAUAAUUUGUGAUGGUUGAGGAUGUUUUUUUAUUUUAAUAAAUAAAUAAUAUCGAGAAGAUUAGAUAUAACCUGAAACCAACCAAGACUACCUUUUUAUUAGCUCACCUGGCUGAUAGUCAAGUGAGCUCAUGUCGUGGCAUGUUGUCCGUCAUAAACUUUUGCAAUUUCGACAUCUACUCUGACUUCAAGGCCUAUGGAGCUGAAACUAUGUAUGAAUGAUCUCCACUAUGGGUUCUCUGAAAAGUGCUCUUAGAAUUUGGCAGCCAUAUUGAAAAUGUCAUUUUGGGCCUGGCCUGCCACCUCAUAGAUUUUUGUACAAAGGCUAGGUGGAAGCACCAUACAAUUGUAUGUCAGGUGAGCUACUCAGCUUUGUGGCUCUAUUCAUUUGUUAUUUUGGGCAACUUGACAAAGUAAAAUAUGUUUGUCCUGCCAAAAUAAAAGAAGCAUGUAAGCUCAUGACCUUUGUUUUGUAUGUCAGAAUUUUCUCAGAAUAAUAAGACUUUUUAAACCAUUUUCAUGGACUUAAUGCAUUGAAAUGUGUCACAUGGCCAUGUGCUUUGCUAUUUAUUGGGCCACCCUUAAUAAGCUCUACCCACUGUGAUUGAUGCGGCCAAUUCGAUUUUUUAUGUUAUAACUACAGAAAAUUUAUUGACUGAUGUCUAUCCAUGUAUGGUGAUUAGUGUUUCAUUGUACAUUGAAUCACUAGUUUGUGAAACAUAUUGUCUCAGAAUUGAAGACACACAAGUGGAGAAAAUAUUAGAAUUGUGUGCCUAUUUAUUGAUGGUGAUGUCAAUCUUCACUGCUUCUGAUUUAGCAAUGGAUGCUUAUGUAUAAAGGAAUAUACUAAUCUUUUUAAAGUAGCUUUGUCAUAUUAAAACGUGUACAAGUAUUCCUGUGUUUAUCAUGUGGAGUAAAGAAAAUCCAGACCAA